AUGAAGAGCUCUAGCGACCCGGCGCCGUCAAAGCAACAGGACCAAGAUGACCAAUUCUUCUGGUCUUACACAGAGGAACCCCACCGUUCCCGCCGCAUGGCCAUCAUCAAGGCACAUCCAGAGGUAGUGCUCAAAUUGUGCGGACCCGAGCCUUUGACGAUUCCCCUUGUCCUCGCAGUGGUAGGCCUCCAAUGCACAUGUGCCUACCUUCUCAGCAACACUCCUUUCUGGUCCUGGCGAUUCUGGCUCACCGCCUACAUCAUUGGUGCCACUGCCAACCAGAACCUUUUCCUGGCCAUCCAUGAAAUCUCGCAUAACCUUGCAUUCAAAUCUGGUCUGGCGAACCGCCUGUUUGCUAUCGUCGCCAACCUGCCCAUCGGCAUUCCGUACUCGGCCUCUUUCAGACCCUACCACUUGACUCAUCACAAAUCACUCGGUGUCGAUGGCCUUGAUACCGACUUGCCUACCGCUCUCGAGGCUUUCUUCCUCGACUCCAUUGCUGGCAAGGCCUUCUUUUGCACUUUCCAGAUCCUGUUCUACGCUCUUCGACCUAUGAUGGUCUACCAAAUCCCUCUGACAAAGAUCCACGCCCUCAACAUUGCUGUCCAGCUUCUCUUCGAUUACAUCCUUAUCCAGUCAUGGGGAGGCAAGGCUGUUGGAUACUUCAUCUUGAGCAGCUUCUUGGCCGGAUCUUUGCACCCUGUGGCUGGUCACUUUAUUGCCGAGCACUACGUCUUCGACCGUGCCUCCCUUGAGAACAAGCAGGCGCGCGAUCCCAAGCAACGUAUUCCGGUCCCCGAGACUUUCUCUUACUAUGGACCUCUCAACCUCUUGACCUACAAUGUUGGACUGCACAACGAGCACCACGACUUCCCUGCUAUUCCUUGGACCAGACUCUGGAAGGUCAACGAGAUUGCCAAGGAAUUCUACCAGGACCUUCCCUACCACCGCAGCUGGGUUGGUGUCAUCUGGCAAUUCAUCAUGGACAAGGAAGUCGGCAUGUGGUGCAGAGUCAAGCGCAAGGAAGGCGGAAGAAAAGUUGGUGCUUGGAAGGAAGACGAGAUUCAAAACUGA